AUGCAGCUGAUGAGACCCUUUGACGGUACAGUCACUGCCUACGGAAUUCGAGAUCUAGGCAUAGAUAUGGAUUCUAAACACCAACAAACCCAGGACCUCUCUCUUGCACCUUCUCUCAUGUCAAAGCAGCCUCUACCAGCUUGGAACACUGAAUUCGUCGACUGGACGGCACACUCUAUAUACCACUUGACGGAAGAAGCACUUAUUGAACCGGUAUACCCUUCACCUGAAGACCAGGCCUUGCUGUCCCCAUACUCUGCACUCCAUUACAGGACUUCCUUGGCCGAUCACGGGAAUUCCAUUUACAAAGAUUUUUCCUUUUCCCAACCGUAUCCCGGCAUGCAAGUGGGCCAAGCAAUUGUCUCUUAUGAUCCAGGAAUCCAGCAGCAUCAACAGCAGUCAAAGCAGGCGAGGCGAGAACAGGGCAUGGUGUCCAAUCCCGCUUACAUGAGCCCGAACCCUUUUUCGGUUGAUUGUACACAGUCACCAUCCCAGUACUCGCUUACCGUUCCCGUUGCUGGCCCUAUGCAUCAAAGGGAAGCCUCGCCAAACUCUCCGCCGCCGCUCAGCCAACCGGGAUGUAGUCCAAGCACAUCAGGACCCUUGACGCCUACAUGUCCUCCCAGUCGACGACUGUCUACACCGAGCGAGCUGCAGGCCUUUACCGACGCUGAACCUCUUCAUGCUGAACAUCUUCCCGCUGAACCUCUUCCCAUUGCUCAUACCCCUACCAAGAAUACAGCUCGGUUUAGUUGCCCCAAAAUUCCAUGUCCAACAAUCAAGAGAGAUCUCAAAUCUCUGCAACGCCAUGUCAUGGAAAAACACGGCAAACCGGCCCCCGGUGAAAUCAAAGCAGGAUGGUUCCGCUGCGCAUGUGGUUCGACGGCAUGUCACUACAGGAAAGCGAACCACACGCGACACUUGAACAAUUGCAAGCCUCACAAGUGGAGUUUCAAGGAGUUUGUGUGCCAAUGCGGUCGCAAGCACAGCAACAAGGCUGACCACACUGCACACUAUAUGAAGUGCAAUGUCGGCAAAAACCCCGUCGGUCGCCCUCGUGGAGCUGGACCUAAUGAAUUCCCAGCCAGCGAUGCGUAG